AUGGGUCUUGGCAUUUUAGACGAUCCUCACCUCGAUCAUGUUCCAGGCACAGCCUUGCUGGCUGACAUGAUCGAUGCGGAGGAGCACCAUAUAGGACGUGAUACUUCUGGCCUCAAACAUGGCACUGGCCGCAACAAAGACAUCGUAUUGGUUCCCCAGCCUAGCGAAUCUCCCAGAGACCCCUUGAAUUGGUCUACGAGGAAGAAAGACCUACUAUUGCUCAUCAUUGCGCUCCAAACGGGAGUGACAGGAGCUUGGGGUCCUAUGAUCUCGCCUGGAUAUGUGCAGAUGUCGAUUCAAUUUGGAAUAUCCUACAACAAGCUAAAUGGUGGGCUUGGAUGGGCGAUUUUUGCGAUUGGAAUUUCCUGUUUUGUCACCAAUGGACUUUCCGUUAAAUACGGUCGCCGCCCUGUGAUAAUUCUUGGCAAUCUUUUACUCUUCAUUUCGUCACUGUGGGGAUACUUCGCACACAGUUAUAACUCUCUUCUGGCGAGUCGGAUCUUUGGUGCCAUUGGUAUGAGCCCAUUCGAAGUUCUGACAACCGCAAUUAUCGGCGACAUCUACUUUGUCCACGAGAGAGGCCUCCGCCUGGCGUUCUGGGGCCUCUGUCUUAGCGUUGGAGUUGGUGGAGGAUCUGUCAUUUCAGGGUACAUCAUUCAGGACCUUGGCUGGAAUUGGACCUACGGCAUUUGUGCCUGUCUAUACGGAGCAUUUAUUCCGGCGAUCUUUUUCUGGGUCCCUGAAACUGUUUAUAAGCGAGAUCCCGCAUACAACCUUGAUCUAGGGACAAAAGAUCACACCUUCGACACACUGGAUGCCAAAGAAAAGACCCCCGACGUCAUGCAAGAAAUCAAGGCCGAUGAUCAACAAGUCGAAUCUACCAAUCCAGGGGAUAGGAUCACAGUCAAUGCAGUUUAUACCGGUGCCGAUGAAAAGCCUUACACAUUCUGGGAGGAAUUGCGAAUUAUCAGGGGCACCGAAUCAGACGAAAAUCUUAUAUGGAUCAUUCUGCGGCCAUUCGGGAUGCUCCUAUUCCCGCAGGUGCUCUAUGGCUUUAUCACAUAUGGCCUUUCAACCUCGUGGUUGAUUGUGAUGAUCAGUGUUAUGGCACAACUCUUCAGCGCCCCACCCUACAAUUUCUCAGUCUCUGCAAUCGGCCUCAUCAGUAUAGGCCCUUUGAUCGCCGCACUUCUGGGCUUUGUCGCUGGCCCUUUGAAUGACUGGACAGUGAAGAAAUUGGCACGCUGGAACAAGGGCAUCUAUGAGCCCGAAUUCCGACUAUCCCUGAAUGUGCUAACCCUGAUCUUUGGUGUUGCUGGCUUUUUCGGUUUUGGAGCUUGCUUACAAUAUCAGACUCCGUGGAUCGGUCCAGUAUUUCUAUACAGCCUUAUCUGGUUCGCCAUGUCGUUCCUAAAUAUUGGUAUCUACGGCUAUAUCACUGAAUGCCAUCGAAAUAAAGCACCAGAGGCUUUUGCGUCAAUCAACCUACGCAACAUUUACUCCUUCGGUAUGAAUUAUUUCAUUUCCGACUGGAUCUCCAAACAAGGGCCUCUACAGGUAUUUAGCACCGUUGGUGGAUUGCACAUAUUCAUCUGUCUUUUGACGAUCCCUAUGUGGAUCUACGGUAAGCGAUGCAGAAGCCUUACGGCGCGCAAUCGCUUCUUCAAGAAGAUUCAGGAGAGUUAG